UUUGAAGGCCCCUUCUCAACUUGUUCCCUCAGAGCACACACUUUGGCCUCUUCUGGCAUUAAUUAGACACUUUUCCAUCCGUUCUGUCUGUCUCGCUGGCGUCGAUGCAGGCUUAUCUUUUUGCUCUUUUUGUCUAUGCUCAAAUGAUGUGUCAGUGAAUCUAGUCUGUGGGGAUGACGCGGCAGAGGAGAGGAGGCAAUGAGCACCACCACAAGGAAAAGAGCGGCGCCUCCGACCGGCGGCAGCUGCACAGGAUCAGCGAAGAAGAUGCUCCCAAGUCUCGGAUGUCCUGGCUGUGGACGCUGGUGAUGUUGGCACUGCUGGCGGUUGCUUCUCAUCUCACCUACACCGGCUACCUUGAAACUCGAGUCACCACCAAAUUUGACAACAUAAAAAUGGUUGAAAAAACUGGCCUCGACGUUCCAAAGCGAUACUGGGGAAGCUACAGGUCAGGGGUUUACUUUGGCAUGUCGACGAGGGAGCCACACUCGCCCGUCUUGGGACUGAUGUGGUACCAGCCACAGAAACUGGUCCAGGGCGCACAAUCGAUAAGACAUUCCUGUGAUCAAGGUGAUAAACUCCAACGUUAUGGUUGGCUAGAGCACGACGGCAUCAAUUUUGGUGUUCAAGAGUUGGUUGACGGACCUGUGACUCUGAAAACAACGUUCGUUAAAAGAGGUCACGAGUCUGGGGCUGGAGAAUGGUCUGCAAGAAUUGAAGCAAGUUCUAAUGUUGAGGCUCAGCAAGAACUGUCACUGAUUUUUUACGUCGCCAGUGAAGAAAAAGCCGAAGGCUGGAUCCAAGAAGAUGGCGUGAUGAGGUUCGAAGGUCACACGCCGCAACUUGGCGACUUUUUCGUCACUCUCUUGAACUAUUCCAAUGUAGUGCACUCGUCGCAACUGGUGACCAAAGCUGACGGUCUGCACAGACUGAAGGACACAAUCAUGGCCUCCCUGAAGUGGGACGUCAUCGGCAGCAGCAAAUUCAUCUCCUUGGGCGGCGUCAUUUUGCCUAAAGGCGACAACAAGCCAAAUUUCAUCGCCACCCAGCUGCUGGUCAAGACGCCCUUUACCAUGGAGGUUGUUUAUCAGAUAGACGAGGGCGUCUCUCAGAGUCGACUCUCUGCGCAGCAACUGGACGAGGAGCUUCAAAGACACAGAGGAGAUUUCAAAAAUAAAUUUGAAAAAGUCUUCAGAUUAAAAGACAAAGGUUAUUCUGCGGAAGACAUUUCCAGUGCCAAGGCCACAUUCAGUAAUCUGCUUGGGGGUAUCGGUUAUUUCUACGGGUCUUCCCUGGUCAUGUCCAAGUACACCGAAGAGCCUCGGUCGUACUGGAAGGCGCCUCUUUACACUGCAGUGCCUUCGAGGAGCUUUUUCCCAAGAGGAUUUCUGUGGGACGAAGGCUUCCACGAACUCCUGGUCUCCACUUGGGACCUGGACAUUUCCUUAGACGUGAUUGCCCAUUGGUUGGAUCUGAUGAAUAUUGAGGGUUGGAUUCCGAGAGAGCAGAUUCUGGGCGAGGAGGCGCGCUCAAGGGUGCCAGACGAAUUUGUCGUUCAGAAGAACGAAAACGCCAAUCCUCCUACAUUUUUGCUCACACUCAAGUACAUCCUGACUUCGCAGCGAAACAAACUGAGCAAGGAGCACAUCGGCACCAUUGCCAAAUUCUGGCCUCGCUUACAAAAGUGGUUCUCCUGGUACAACGUUUCCCAAAUCGGCCCACUCCCUGGAUCAUACAGAUGGCGCGGAAGAGAUCCGAAUGCACUUAACGAGCUGAACCCCAAAACCCUCACCUCAGGACUUGAUGAUUACCCCAGGGCCAGUCAUCCAACCGAAGAGGAGCGCCACAUAGACCUGACCUGCUGGAUGGCAAUGGCCUCCCAAUCAAUGGCAAUCAUUGCGGACAGGAUCGGGCAGAAUGGUGAUAAAUACCUUGACACCUACACAGCUCUUUCAGACCCAUUGCUGAUGAAUAAAUUAUUCUGGAGUGGGUCAAUGAGACGGUACGCCGACUUUGGUCUUCACACUGACGCAGUCAAACUCGGAAGAAAAUCGAAAAACGAUUCGUCGAUUAUAAGAUUUGUUCAGGGAAAGCCGAAGGCACAGCUGGUUGACAAAACCUUUGGAUAUGUGUCCCUCUUUCCCUUUUUGCUCUGCCUGAUUCCGCCGAACAGUCCCAAGCUGGGAGACGUGCUCAACGACUUAAAAAAACCUGAACUUCUCUGGACCCCGUACGGCCUGCGCUCCCUUUCGACGGACUCGCCAAUGUACUUGAAAAAGAACACGGAACACGACGCUCCGUACUGGCGCGGCCCAAUCUGGAUGAACAUCAACUACCUAGCAGUGAAGGCGCUGCACCACUACUCACAGGCAGAGGGCCCCUUCAAGGUCCUUGCGGGUGAAAUCUACAAGGAGCUGUGUUCCAACUUAGUGACAAACAUUCUCAAAAGGUACAAAGACAGUGGGUUUGUCUACGAGCAGUACAAUGACAAGACUGGCGAAGGGCAGGGGUGCAAGCCGUUCACUGGUUGGUCUGCUCUGGUGGUUCUCAUCAUGGGGGAAAUUUACUGAAGGGAAAAUCUUCUUCACUAGGACUAUUGUGAUUUGUGCACAAUCUGCGUUUAUGUUUUCCACUGUUUUGUUAUUUUGGCUUUGUAAUAAAGUAAAAAAAAAAAAAAAACAUGAUUAC